AUGUGGCUCAGGGUGUUCACAGCUUUCCUUUCCUUUGCAGCAGGCACUUGCUUGGGGCUGAAGGUGACGGUGCCAUCACACAUCGUCCAUGGCAUCAGAGGUCAGGCUCUCUACCUCCCCGUGCACUAUGACUUCCACACUCCAGCAUCAGACAUCCAGAUCAUAUGGCUGUUUGAGAGACCCCACACAAUGCCCAAAUACUUACUGGGCUCUGUGAAUGAGUCUGUGGUUCCCGACUUGGAAUACCAACACAAGUUCACCAUGAUGCCGCCCAAUGCAUCUCUGCUCAUCAACCCUCUGCAGUUCACGGAUGAAGGCAAUUACAUCGUGAAGGUCAACAUUCAGGGAAAUGGAACUCUGUCUGCUAGUCAGAAGAUACAAGUCACUGUGGAUGAUCCUGUCACAAAGCCUGUGAUGCAGACUUAUCCUUCCUCUGGGGCUGUGGAGUAUGUGGGGAACAUGACCUUGACAUGCUGGGUUCAAGGGGGCACCCGGCUGAUUUACCAGUGGCUGAAAAAUGGGAGGCCUGUCCACACCAGCUCCACCUACUCCUUUUCUCCCCAAAACAACACCCUUCGUAUUGCUCCAGUUACCAAGGAAGACAUUGGGAAUUACAGUUGCCUGGUGAAGAACCCUGUCAGUGAGAUGGAAAGUGACAUGAUUAUGCCGACCAUAUAUUAUGGACCUUAUGGACUUCAAGUUAAUUCUGAUAAAGGGCUAAAAGUAGGGGAAGUGUUUACUGUUGACCUUGGAGAAGCUAUUCUAUUUGAUUGUUCUGCUGAUUCUUAUCCCCCCAACACCUACUCCUGGAUCCGGAGGACUGACAAUAUAACAUAUGUCAUUAAGCAUGGGCCUCGCUUGGAAGUUGCAUCUGAGAAAGUGGCCCAGAAGACAACUGACUAUGUGUGCUGUGCUUACAACAACGUAACUGGAAGGCGAGAUGAAACUCGUUUCACAGUUAUCAUCACUUCUGUAGGACUGGAAAAGCUUGCACAAAAAGGGAAAUCAUUGUCCCCUUUAGCAAUUAUAACUGGGAUAUCUCUAUUUUUUAUUAUAUCCAUGGGUCUUCUCUUCCUAUGGAAAAAAUAUCAACCCUACAAAGUUAUAAAACAGAAGCUAGAAGGCAGGCCAGAACCAGAAUACAGGAAAACACAAACAUUUUCAGGCCAUGAAGACGCUCUGGAUGACUUUGGAAUAUAUGAAUUUGUUGCUUUUCCAGAUGCUUCUGGUGUUCCCAGGGGGCCGAGUAGGUCUGUUCCAGCCUCCGAUGGUAUAUCAGGGCAAGGUUUGCACAGUACAAUUUACGAAGUUAUUCAGCACAUCCCUGCGCAACAGCAAGACUAUCCAGAGUGAGUGUUCAUGGGCAAAGCAGUACAUUGGAGUGAAAUAAUGAUGGAACAUUUUGAGGAAAAACAGUGAAAAUGCAUAUUCAUCUGGAAUCAGUGAAGAAAUCAAGCCCAGUACCUCUUAUUCGUUACUUCUUUUAAAUGCAGAGUAGAGGCAUUAUACAAACUGGACUGCAAGUUUUCCAGCAUACAUAUAAUGUGUUGUGCUACAGAGCAACGUCAUGGGAAAUAUUCCUCAGUGGACAGUCUAUUGUGCUGACUGCGAGAGAGAAAAGAAUGUGCCUUUUCAAUCGCUCUUUUUAUAUCAAAUUUCUCUUAAAAGCCCAAUUAAUUCUAAUCUAUACUUUCACUUCCAACAACAUUAACACUAUCCUAUCGCACCUACAAGUGUGGAAACUAUAUUUGUACAUUUUUCAGCAGGCUUUGUUUUAUUAAAUUCCCAUUACUGUUAAGAUUGCUAAGUUCUUUUUUUUUUAAUUUUAUUCCCCCAAAUUUUUCUUGUUAUUUGUACCACAAAAUAAUAAGGAUGGUUCUCACAACAAGCAGACUGUGCCUUCUCCUUGUUGUCAGUCACCAAUGGUGUUUUUGAAAAGACUUGUAAACACUUAAGGAAAUGACUUAUUAAAGUCUUAUUUUUAUUUUUGUUCAGGGAAAGAUGGAUUCAAAUAAAUUAUUCCCUUUUUGCUUGUA